GUCUUGACGGUCUUCUCAGUUUUUUUCGCACCAAACUAAGAGAGGAGAGGAGAGGAGCAAGAUGGCACUAGCAGGAGCUGCACUGUCAGGAACCGUGGUGAGCUCCCCCUUUGUGAGGAUGCAGCCUGUGAACAGACUCAGGGCAUUCCCCAAUGUGGGUCAGGCCCUGUUUGGUGUCAACUCUGGCCGUGGCAGAGUGACUGCCAUGGCCGCUUACAAGGUCACCCUGCUCACCCCUGAAGGCAAAGUCGAACUCGACGUCCCCGACGAUGUUUACAUCUUGGACUACGCCGAGGAGCAAGGCAUCGACUUGCCCUACUCCUGCCGUGCCGGCUCUUGCUCCUCCUGCGCGGGCAAGGUCGUGGCGGGGAGCGUCGACCAGAGCGACGGCAGCUUCCUGGAUGAUGAUCAGAUUGAGGAAGGUUGGGUCCUCACUUGUGUCGCCUACCCUAAGUCUGAGGUCACCAUUGAGACCCACAAGGAAGAGGAGCUCACUGCUUGAAGCUCUCCUAUAUUUGCUUUUGCAUAAAUCAGUCUCACUCUACGCAACUUUCUCCACUCUCUCCCCCCUUCACUACAUGUUUGUUAGUUCCUUUAGUCUCUUCCUUUUUUACUGUACGAGGGAUGAUUUGAUGUUAUUCUGAGUCUAAUGUAAUGGCUUUUCUUUUUCCUAUUUCUGUAUGAGGAAAUAAAACUCAUGCUCUAUUCCUUUCUAUUGCA